CUCACUCACUCAUUCAUCUUACUCUCUCACCCUUUCCAUUCUCCACAAACACACUCUCCCUCCCUCUCUCUCUCUCUCUCUCUCUCUCUCUCUCUCUCACUCACUCCUCACCCUCUCCAUGGCGCUGCACUCUGUAGCGUCCGUUUCUCAAGUCCUUCUUCGCCCUUCCGCGCCAUUUCCUUCCAACCUCCACGCUCACUGGCUCGUUGACUUCGCUCCUCUCGGCCGUAAACCUAAGCGCCGCAACCGCAGAUUCACGCCGUCGAUCAGUUCUGUUCCGCUUCGUCGUUCCGCUGUUCUCAACGUUCACCGCGUCCCUCACUCUCCUCCUCCUCCUCCUUCUUCUUCGUCUUCCGAUUUGAAACCACAGGUUGCAAACUUGGAUGAUAUAUUAUCAGAAAGAGGAGCCUGUGGUGUUGGAUUCAUUGCCAAUUUGGAAAAUAAGGCAUCACAUGUAAUUGUCAAGGAUGCUUUAACUUCUUUAAGCUGUAUGGAACAUCGUGGUGGCUGUGGAGCGGAUAAUGACUCUGGUGAUGGUGCUGGGCUGAUGACUGCAAUUCCAUGGGAUCUAUUCGACAAUUGGGCUGACAAACAAGGGAUUGCUUCCUUUGAUAAGUUGCACACUGGUGUUGGAAUGGUUUUCCUACCCAAAAGUGUAGAACUCUUGAAUGAGGCCAAGAAAGUUAUUGUAAGUAUUUUUCAGCAAGAAGGUCUUGAGGUGCUUGGGUGGAGGCCUGUCCCUGUAAAUACUUCUAUUGUAGGUUUUUAUGCGAAGGAGACCAUGCCCAAUAUACAGCAGGUAUUUGUUAAGAUCGGGAAAGAAGAAAAUGCCGAUGACAUUGAACGAGAACUGUACAUCUGUCGUAAAUUGAUUGAAAAAGCUGUAAGCUCAGAAAGUUGGGCAAAUGAGCUUUAUUUCUGUUCUUUAUCCAAUCAAACAAUAGUUUACAAGGGGAUGCUUCGCUCACAAGUUCUUGGGUUGUUUUAUUCUGACCUUCAAAACGAUCUUUAUAAAUCCCCCUUUGCCAUUUAUCAUCGAAGGUAUAGCACAAAUACUAGCCCCAGAUGGCCUCUUGCACAACCAAUGAGGCUUCUUGGUCAUAAUGGAGAGAUCAACACCAUACAGGGGAACUUGAAUUGGAUGCAAUCACGAGAGCCAUCGUUGAAGUCACCUGUAUGGCGAGGUCGUGAAAAUGAAAUUCGUCCAUUUGGAAAUCCAAAGGCAUCAGACUCAGCAAAUCUUGACAGUACUGCAGAAUUAUUAAUAAGAAGUGGUCGUAGUCCUGAGGAAGCUAUGAUGAUUCUUGUUCCCGAGGCUUAUAAAAAUCAUCCAACUCUGACAAUCAAAUACCCAGAGGUGCUUGACUUUUAUGACUACUACAAGGGUCAGAUGGAAGCUUGGGAUGGACCUGCCUUGCUUUUAUUCAGUGAUGGAAAAACUGUAGGUGCUUGUCUUGAUCGUAAUGGACUUCGACCUGCUAGGUUUUGGCGAACAUCAGACAAUAUGGUUUACGUUGCCUCAGAGGUUGGUGUUAUACCAGUGGAUGAAUCAAAGGUUAUCUCGAAAGGCCGAUUAGGUCCAGGCAUGAUGAUAACGGUUGAUUUACUUGGUGGUCAGGUCUAUGAGAAUACGGAGGUUAAAAAACGAGUAGCCUUAUCAAAUCCAUAUGGGGACUGGAUCAAGGAAAAUCUGCGGUCUUUGAAGGCUGAGAACUUCCUUUCAACCUCUGUUAUGGAGAAUGACGCAAUAUUAAGACAACAACAGGCAUUUGGGUACUCCAGUGAAGAUGUCCAGAUGGUGAUUGAGGCUAUGGCUGGUCAGGGAAAGGAGCCAACUUUUUGCAUGGGAGAUGAUAUUCCAUUGGCAGCAUUGUCUCAGAAACCUCACAUGCUUUUCGAUUAUUUUAAGCAACGGUUUGCACAGGUCACAAAUCCUGCAAUUGAUCCUCUUCGAGAAGGAUUAGUUAUGUCUCUUGAAGUGAAUAUAGGGAAGAGAGGGAAUAUAUUGGAAACUGGACCUGAAAACGCAUCACAGGUUAUAUUAUCUGGUCCAGUAUUGAAUGAAGGGGAUCUUGAAUCAUUAUUAAACGACCCCUUAUUAAAACCGCAAGUAUUACCAACAUUUUUUGAUAUAACUAAGGGGAUUGACGGUUCCUUGGAGAAAGCAUUAAAUAAGCUUUGUGAAGCUGCAGAUGAAGCUGUUAGAAAUGGUUCCCAGCUUCUUAUUCUUUCAGACCGUUCAGAAGCACUGGAACCAACACAUCCUGCAAUUCCAAUACUUCUUGCUGUUGGUACUGUUCAUCAGCAUCUAAUCCAGAAUGGCCUGCGGAUGUCGGCAUCAAUUAUAGCGGAUACUGCUCAGUGCUUUAGCACUCAUCAGUUUGCCUGUUUAAUAGGAUAUGGUGCAAGUGCUGUGUGUCCAUACUUGGCACUGGAGACAUGCCGACAAUGGCGUCUUAGUAGUAAAACUGUAAAUUUGAUGAGGAAUGGAAAGAUGCCUACUGUAUCAAUUGAACAAGCACAGAAGAAUUACUGCAAGGCUGUAAAAGCAGGUCUUCUUAAAAUUCUUUCCAAAAUGGGCAUCUCAUUGCUUUCAAGUUACUGUGGUGCACAGAUAUUUGAGGUCUAUGGAUUAGGGAAGGAAGUUGUGGAUCUUGCAUUCAGAGGAAGCGUGUCAAAAAUUGGUGGAUUAACCUUUGAUGAGCUUGCAAGAGAGACUUUGUCUUUCUGGGUGAAAGCGUUCUCUGAAGAUACGGCAAAAAGAUUGGAAAAUUUUGGGUUUAUACAGUUCAGACCAGGAGGUGAGUUUCAUGCAAAUAAUCCAGAAAUGUCAAAGUUGCUCCACAAAGCUGUUCGUCAGAAAAGUCAAAGUUCCUUUGCAGUUUAUCAGCAACAUUUGGCUAACCGACCUGUGAAUGUUCUUCGUGAUCUUCUUGAGUUUAAAAGUGAUCGUGCUCCAAUACCUGUAGGAAAGGUUGAACCUGCUUCAUCUAUCGUGCAACGGUUUUGCACUGGGGGCAUGUCACUUGGAGCUAUUUCAAGAGAAACUCAUGAAGCAAUUGCAAUCGCAAUGAAUAGAUUAGGUGGAAAAUCAAAUUCUGGGGAAGGUGGUGAGGAUCCUAUUCGCUGGAAACCACUUUCAGAUGUCGUGGAUGGUUACUCUCCAACACUUCCACAUCUUAAAGGUCUUCAAAAUGGGGAUACUGCAACAAGUGCCAUCAAGCAGGUUGCUUCAGGAAGGUUUGGUGUCACACCAACAUUCUUGGCAAAUGCUGCUCAAUUGGAAAUCAAAAUUGCACAAGGUGCGAAGCCUGGUGAAGGUGGACAAUUGCCUGGGAAAAAAGUUAGCAUGUACAUUGCAAGGUUGAGAAAUUCUAAACCAGGGGUUCCUCUUAUAUCUCCACCUCCUCAUCAUGACAUUUAUUCUAUUGAGGAUCUUGCUCAAUUGAUCUUCGAUCUUCAUCAGGUGAAUCCUAAGGCGAAGGUAUCAGUAAAACUGGUGGCUGAAGCUGGAAUCGGUACUGUUGCAUCUGGGGUUGCAAAGGGCAAUGCUGAUGUUAUACAGAUUUCAGGGCAUGAUGGGGGUACGGGAGCAAGCCCUAUAAGUUCCAUCAAACAUGCAGGAGGUCCUUGGGAGCUUGGACUUACAGAAACUCACCAGACACUCAUUGAAAAUGGACUUAGAGAAAGAGUCAUUCUCCGAGUUGAUGGUGGAUUUAGAAGUGGAGUUGAUGUCAUGAUGGCAGCAACAAUGGGUGCUGAUGAAUAUGGGUUUGGUUCAGUGGCAAUGAUUGCUACUGGAUGUGUUAUGGCCCGCAUUUGCCACACCAAUAAUUGCCCUGUUGGUGUUGCUAGCCAGAGGGAAGAGUUGCGUGCACGAUUUCCCGGUGUUCCUGGUGAUCUUGUCAACUACUUUUUAUAUGUGGCUGAAGAGGUAAGAGGCACGUUGGCACAGCUGGGGUAUGAGAAGUUAGAUGACAUAAUUGGUCGAACAGACUUAUUGCAUCCAAGAGACAUAUCUCUAGUGAAAACUCAGCAUCUGGAUCUAAGUUAUAUCCUCUCUAGUGUUGGGUUACCUAAAUGGAGCAGUACAACCAUCAGGAAUCAGGAGACUCAUACCAAUGGUCCUGUUCUGGAUGAUGUUUUGCUAGCAGACCCAGAGGUUGCAGAUGCCAUUGAAAAUGAAAAGACUGUUAGUAAGACGAUAAAAAUAUACAACAUUGAUCGUGCUGUUUGUGGGCGUAUAGCUGGUGUCAUUGCAAAGAAGUAUGGUGAUACUGGUUUUGCUGGACUGUUGAAUAUAACAUUUACUGGAAGUGCUGGGCAGUCAUUUGCGUGCUUUCUGACACCUGGAAUGAAAAUUCGCCUUGUUGGAGAGUCUAAUGAUUAUGUGGGGAAGGGCAUGGCGGGGGGUGAGCUAGUUGUGACUCCAGUCGACAAUACAGGUUUUCAGCCUGAGGAUGCAGCUAUUGUGGGCAACACUUGCUUGUAUGGGGCAACUGGUGGACAGGUUUUCAUUAGAGGGAAGGCUGGGGAAAGAUUUGCUGUCAGAAACUCACUUGCUGAAGCUGUGGUUGAAGGCACAGGAGAUCAUUGUUGUGAGUACAUGACCGGUGGCAGCGUGGUUGUCUUGGGAAAAGUGGGUAGAAAUGUAGCUGCUGGAAUGACAGGAGGGUUGGCUUACCUUCUUGAUGAAGACGAUACUCUAAUUCCCAAGGUAAACAGAGAAAUUGUUAAAAUUCAACGAGUAACAGCGCCAGUGGGGCAGAUGAAGCUGAGAAGCCUUAUUGAAGCCCAUGUUGAGAAAGCCGGUAGUGGCAAAGGUGCGGCUAUUCUGAAGGAUUGGGAUAAGUAUUUGUCAUUAUUUUGGCAGCUGGUUCCACCUAGUGAAGAAGAUACCCCUGAGGCUAAUGCCAAGUUUGGCACCACAACUUCAGAGCAGGUCACUUUGCAGUCUGCUUAGGGAAACAAUUCAAGCUCAGAUUGAUUACACCACGGCUAUGGAGCCAUAGUUGUGUCUCCACUUUGUAAAGGAACAGGGAUCUACCAAUAAGGUGGAAAUUUCAAACCAAAAUAUGGGAUUAAAUACCCCUUAAAACCACGUGGCUGCCUUCUCAAGAUCAGAUUUUCCAGCAGUUCGAGGUCCCCUUAUACAUCCAUUUGAAGCAAUAGCCUUCUCUUACCUCAGCUUUUGUAUAGCCAUUUGAACGAAAAAAACUGUAAAUGAAAUGUAGUUGAUACGAAUCUGAUUGCAGGCUUUUGUGGGUGGCGAAAAUAAAUUAGUUGGGGCUUGGUAUUGUUAAUUGUCGUCUCUGUUCUUGUCAUCAACUGAAAAAAUGAUUUUUUUUCACAUUCACGACCAAAAUGCAUCCUAUUCAUUGGGACGUGAAUUUUAUCCAAAUUUUUAUGCGUAAAUUGUUUCA